UUUUGGGAAAAAAAAAUGAAAAUUUUCACUUUAUUUCAAUUCCCUAGAUUUUUUCUUCAUUCAUUUUUUCUUCAAAUCAAAAUGGCAUGAGUCUAAUACUUUUCUUCCUUCAAAUGCACGAAGUAACUGGAAUUUGAAUGAACCCUAAAUCGAUUCAUACAAAUCCAAUGGAAUUUACAUCUGAUUUUGUAUCAGCAAAUUGAAGGAUUGGAUUGGAGGGUUGAUCAGCAGUGUUCUGCAUACUGCGCUGCACCACGAUAUCGGCGAACGCAUCUUCUUCUUCGAACUCAUCUAUGGUCUCUGAUUUCCCAACAAACGUAGUAAAAGACAAAAAAACAUUCUUUGGUAUAUUCCUCUGCUACAUCUCAUCCAUGGAUAAUAUGCGUUUUAGUUUCUUUGCAUUUUCCUUUUUGCUUUAUUUCCACUUUUCCCCCGUGAUUUCUUGCAAACUUACACAUUUUCCCUUGCCCAAUACCCAUGUUCUUUUCAUUAGGCACAACAGUCUGUUUGGGUUUGGCGAGAAAACUAAAGAAAUGAAGAGAGAAAAAGGGUCUCAUCACUAGUUGUUGUUGGAUGAUUGAGAAGGUGAGAAAUAGAGAGAAAUGUUGAGAAAAAAGAACUCUCUCUUGAAACAUAUGUUUUGUUUCUCCCAAAAAUCACCAAAAUUGGUGAGAUUUGGUGGGAAGCAAAGUUGGUUAUAUAAUUGGAAAAAAAAAAAAAACAAGAAAAAUUAACCCUUAUAUUGUCCAUUUAAAUACAGAACAUUGAAUAUAAAAUGAUUCAUGUGUCAUCUUUUAUUUGUUGUUCACCUAAAUACUGUGAUAAGAAACCGCAAUGAUUUCAUGAGAAGUCAUAUUUCUGGUCGUUUCUGUGCACCUAGUUUGUUGAAAGGACUGUAAGGCCUACAUUAGUGCUAAUAUUUUAUUUAAAAAAAAUAAAAAUGGGGACAAAUCUAUAUAAUUUAGAAAAAUUCUUAACUAAUAUUACUAUAAUAAAGGGUUUCCGAAACUUUGGGGUGCUUGCGCCGGCUGCCUCCUUGGGGUCAGUCCAUUUCAGGUAGAGCUUAUUGGUUGGAAGUUGGAACCUUGUUGGUAAGUACCUUAAUCGCAAUGAAUUUCAAAUUUUGACCCAAGUUUUUACCUUAAUUGCAAUGAUUAUGGAAUUGAUGAUAUCAUUGUAUGCUUUCAAGGCCUACAAACAUUUAACACCAUUAUCUUCUGCACUAGUAACAUAUUUUAAAUGUGAUCAUUUGAGCACAAUACUGAUGGUAUUUGAUCCAAUUAUGUAAAGCUAUGUUAUAUGACUUGUUUGAAUAGAUGGAAGGGAAUUAGGGGAAAGUAAGUACUGCAGAAGGAGGAAGUGUAACACUAAGUUAGAUUUUGUGUUACUUGGUAUUUUCUAUUAUGUGAAGCAUAAAAUUCUAUAAACUCAAAUAUUUGAAAAUCUAUGAUUGCCCUUAAAAGUCGAAAUUGUAGCUAUCAGCUACAGGGCUGCAUAGGAUAGAGGUAGUAAACCACUGCAUGGAGAUUCACAGACAGCAGUAUGGCAGGGUGGGAAUAUACGAGCAUAAUUCGUAUAAACCAAUUCAUGGAUAAAAAUAAUAAUAAUAAUAAAAAAAAAGCUGAAGAAGAAGAAGAAGAGGGAAAUACAUGGAAUAGCAUGAAAUUAUAGGGUAACUAUGCAAAAACAACUUAUUUCAACUUCAAACAACAAGAUUUUACACACUAUGCUAGUUGUUCAUUCAAACACCCUCAAGCAUAUUCCAUUUUGAAACCAUUCAAGUAUAUCAAUCACCAAGCCUUUCCAAUUUUAUCUCCGGUGAACAUCAGAAAUGUCAGACCUCCUUUUACAAAUAGUCAUUGAUAAAUUAGCAUCUCCUCUCCUAGAAAAACUUAAUGAUCUCUGCAGCCUUAAGGAGAACACGGGAAAAUUACGGCAGUCUCUACCACUGGUUCUAGCUUUUCUUGAAGAUGCAGAAAAGCGGCAAGAAACAGAAAAAGCCAUUGAAGUUUGGCUGUUAGAGCUUAAAAAUGUAACAUACGAGUCUGAGGACUUGUUGGAUGAGCUUACAGCAGAGAUCAUGCUGUGUGAGAAUCACAGCAGGAUCAGUGAUAAGGUGCGUAACUUGCUGCCUUUUGAACCAUCAAGACAUCUUUUUGACCUUGCAAAAGAGCUUCGCAAUAAGCUUAAAGAAUUACGUAAGAUAGUCAAGCGGGGAUUUAGCUUGAAUUUCAAAGAAGGGGCAGUUUUUAAGUGGUCUGAGACUCUUGGAAGAAGGACAGAGACUGGCUCUUUUGUAAAAGAAUCAGAUAUUUAUGGACGAGAAGAUGAUAGAAAGAAGAUAAUGGAGCUUCUGUUACCUACCGGCAAAGCAAAAACUUUAGAAGACGUCUCAGUCAUUCCAAUUGUUGGUAUCGGAGGCCUUGGUAAAACAACAUUAGCUCGACUUGUAUACAAUGAUGAGAAGGUGAUCCAAUGUUUUGAUUUGAAAAUAUGGGUUUACGUGUCUCAAGAUUUUGAUGUAAGAAAGCUCAUUAUAGCAAUCAUAAAUUCUAUAACUAGAAGAAACUGUGAGUUUUCAGAGAUUGAUUUACUUCAAUCUCAACUACAAGAGUCAUUGUGUGGGAGGAGAUUUUUACUCGUGCUGGACGAUGUAUGGAAUGAAGAUAAAAAAGAGUGGGAUAAACUGGGUGAUAUACUGAAAAGUGGGGUGAAAGGAAGCAAAAUAAUUGUAACUACACGUAGUACAGAAGUUGCUUCAAUUAUGGGCACUACUAAUUCCACAUACCAUCUCAAGGGUUUGCUCGAGGAUGAUUGCUGGGCUUUGUUCAAGAAACAAGUUUUUGGUUAUGGUGAAGAAGAGAAGUAUCCUAAUCUGCUGGCAAUUGGCAAAAAGAUCAUCAAGAAAUGUGGAGGUGUGGCAUUAGCAGCAACAACUUUAGGAAGUCAGUUGCGCUCCAAACGAGAGGAGAAAGAUUGGUUGUUGGUGCAAGAGAGCGAGUUUUGGAACCUUAAGCAAUGCCAAAGCGACAUUUUACCAGCUCUAAGGUUGAGUUACAUUCAUUUGCCACUACAUCUCAAGCGAUGCUUUGCAUUCUGUUCACUUUUUCCUAAAAAUUAUGAAUUCAAGAAGGAGAAGCUGAUUUAUAUAUGGAUGGCUGAAGGCUUAAUUCAACCCCUAGAAGGAAAUAGACCAUUGGAGGACAUAGCGGAUGAAUAUUUCAAUGAUUUACUGUGUUCUUCUUUCUUUCAAGAAGUUGAGAAAUGUGAAGAUGGCAACAUAACAUCGUACAAAAUGCAUGAUCUCAUUCAUGACCUUGCUCGAAGUAUUGGAGGGAAUGAAUUUGUGAUACUAGAGGAUGGUUUGGAUCCAAGUAAUCUUGCACGAACUCGUCAUUCAUCAGUAGUUGGCAAUUUUGACUCUUUUCCGCUUGACUUGAUUAAGGUAAAACAUCUAAGAACUCUCCUUUGCUAUCUUGGAGGUAACUCUGAAGAGUUGCCUUCUUUUCUUCCUGCCAGUUUUAUCUACUUGCGUGUGUUCGAUUUAAGUGGAUGUGGCAUUAAAAAUUUGCCUGAAUCAAUCAGUGUUUUGAUGUGUUUGAGGUAUCUAGACCUGUCAAACACUCCAAUCCAAACACUCCCUCAUACCAUCUGCAACCUCUAUAAUUUGCAGACACUGAACCUUUCGGGUUGUAGUAACCUUGAAGAGUUGCCUCUUGGAAUGGGGAGUUUAACUAGCCUAAGGCAUCUUAUUAUAACAGGGUGUGAAGGAUUGACCCGCAUGCCUGCUGGGAUUGGAAAGUUGGUUCAUCUUCAAACUUUGCCCAUAUAUAUUGUGGGCAAGGGGAGAGGGGAAAGCAUUGCGGAACUCAACUCUCUAAACCUAAGAGGUGAGCUGAGCAUAAAAUGCUUGGAGAAUGUUACAGAUGCGAAAGAAGCACAGAAGGCAAAUUUGAGAGAGAAGAAACACCUUAACAUGUUGCGAUUAAUAUGGGGAGAUAAUAAUGACCAGGGCCACAACCUGAAAGCUGCGAAAGGAAGCACUUUGCAGGGGCUGAAAUAUGGAAAAAAUAAUGGUUCACCAGGAUCGUCACGUAGUAAUAGUUUUUGGGAUUCUGGGAUAGAAGUGAAAGAUAUUCUUGAAUGCCUCGAACCACAUCCAAAUCUUAGAAAGCUUUUCAUUAAGGGGUAUUCGGGAAUCAAAUUCCCCGGUUGGGUUCUUCCAAAUCUUGUUCAGGUUGUGUUGAUCAACUUUAGAAGAUGUGAAAACUUGCCUACUCUUGGGCAGCUUCCUUUCCUCAAGACCAUCUGUUUGCAAGGAAUGGAUGGUGUUGUAUGCAUUGCAGAAGAGUUUUACGGUUCGGACUCCCAAACGCUGUUCCCAUCUCUCAAAGAACUAAAGCUCAGAGAUUUUCCAAACUUGGAACAAUGGUCCAGCAUUGAUGACAGGGAAGCAUUUCCUUGCCUGGGCAAGCUAAUUGUAGAUGGAUGUCCCAACCUAAGAAAGAUGCCGGUUUUUCCAUCUCUUCAACGUUUGGAACUCCGGAAUUGCCACCCAAAAAUAAUGAAUUCCAUCAAAGAUGUGACCUCACUUUCCAUCCUUGUAAUUGAUUCCUUCCAGAAUCUAUUGCACCUACCUGGAGAAUUGCUGGAAAACAAUACGUGUCUCAGAUCUUUUGAGGUCCGGAAAUGCCAAAAUCUUCGUUCGCUGCCUUCUGAACUAGGUAGCCUCACUGCUCUCAAGUCUUUGAUAAUUAGCCACUGUGAGAACCUAGCCCAUUUGUCUCCUAGUUUACAAAACCUUAAAGCUUUGGAGUUCUUGGAGAUCAAUGACUGCCAUGGUAUGAAAACUUUGCGAGAGGAUGUAAUUGGGGGUUUGAGCUCUCUUCGGACUUUGGUCAUUGAGAACUGUAAUAACCUGAUUUCUUUAUCAAAUGGACUGCGUUUUCUCACAGCUCUUGAGCGCUUGUCCAUUAUGUCUUGCCCAAAACUGGCUUUUCUCCCAAAUGGGUUGCAAAAUCUGUCCACACUUCAGAGCUUGAGCAUUUUAUCAUGUCCUGAGUUGUUUUCUCUGCCAGUGGAGCUACAACAUGUCACGACAUUGCAAAGUCUGGUAAUUCACAGUUGUCCUGGUCUAACAAUUUUGCCAGAUUGGGUUGGGAAUUUUUCUUCGCUUAGAUCAUUGUCAAUUUCAAAUUGCCAUUAUCUGACAUCUUUACCAGCUGGACUACAGCACCUCAGUAAACUUCAGCACUUAUCAAUUCAAGAUUGUCCUCUUCUAGAACGACUGUGCAAGCAGAAGAAGGGUAAGAAUUGGAGGAACAUAGCCCACAUACCUCACAUCUAUGUUGGGUCUCUGAAGCUCGGGAAAUAGCUCACAGAAAGCAGCUUUCCAGGUUGAAGUCAGAAACUUCCCUAAUCUGUUAUUCUUGGCCUGAAAUUCCGUUUACUAGAGCAUUUACAUAAGAGUCUAAUAUUAGUCCUAGCUCCUGGGUUUGGUUUGGUACUGCAUGUGCCUAUUGUCGCAGAAUUUUCACCGCGAGGAAUCUUCCAUGAACGUUUUUGUCCAAGAUGAAGAGGUAUGCAAUGCAUGGAAGGGGUUUUUUGUCACUCAGAGAUUUCAGCUUGUUUGAGCGCAUAGUCGGUGCAGCCUUAUUCUUUUUAAUGUGUAGUAUUUAUUGCUUAAGUUACAAUAUUAAUGGUAUAUCUGUAAAAUUUUGGCUUGAUUAGAUAACUGGAUGUUUGGUAUUGUUCUUGAGGUUGGGCACUACCAGAACUCUUUGAUAUAUGCAAACAUGGAUUCAUCAUUCAUGUGGUCUUGAGAACUUCAUGUACUCUUUUAUUUUAUGGAGCUUAAUUUUACUA